AUGCCCGAAUCUCAGGAGCUCACGCCGAUUACUUCCUUCGAGCAAGUCCGGCAGCAGUGGGAAAAACUAUUAACCCGCUCGACGGUCAAUAACCUGUAUAUCACUCCGGUUUGGCAGGAAUUGUGGUGGGAUGCCUUCCAGGAUGGGUGCAGCCUGGCCGGGUUCUACAUGUCUGAUACUGCUGGGGACGUUACGGCGAUCGCGUCCCUCUCCCGGUGUGGCAACAACUACUCGUUGCUGGGAAACAGCGAUACCUUCGACUACAACGAUUUCGUGAUAGCCGAAGGCGCCGAAAACAAUUUCUACCACACGCUUCUGGAUGCCAUCAGCGCCAACGGAGAUCAUCGACUCGAACUGUAUUCCAUUGGCGAGGAUUCACCCACGUUGACGAUGCUCCCCGACCUGGCCCGCGAAAGCGGAUUUGUUGUAGAGAUAGAAGAGGAAGACGUGGCGCCGCGCCUGGCGCUCACCGACAGUUGGGAUGAAUACCUGGCGGGGCUGAGCAAGAAAGACCGACACGAACUGCGCCGAAAGCUGCGUCGUCUGGAAGGCCACGAAAAACUGGCGCUGGUAUUGUGUGUCGGACGUGGAUGA